UGCGCAUUCUGACUUCAGUUCAGCCGACGGUUCCAACCUGCCAAGUCGUGCAGGUGUUGGCAAACGGUUGUUGCCAUCCACGACCGAUUUCAUCCGCCGGUAAUUCCCCCGGGGAAACGAGUUCGGCAGUACGUACAGAGUAUUCGUUAAGAGCGCGAUAAUCGUCCGGGGGAUCGUCCUGCAACGUGCCUUUUCUCCACGGAAAUCACGCUAUCAAACGGUUGCCACGGCGGGAAAACGGGCGUGUGUUAAAAAGCCGUGUUGCCGUAGAAGGGCUGCGAUUUAUGGAACCACCCCAUGGAUAGUAACAUGUCGACUGCCGCCUUCAUGCACCGGUCGGGUGGUGCAUCCGGCACGGGUAGUGCUGGGAUGGUACCAUCGACCGGUGGAGGUCCUGGAAAUCCAACAGGAGGCGGCAGGAUGGCCGUCAUCGGUGUGACUAGGAAUGUCAGGCUGAGACGGCGUGGAGCGUCUGGAUUUGGCUUUUCUCUUCGUGGUGGCAGAGAGUACGCAGCCGGAUUUUACGUGAGCGACGUGCAACCUGGCAGCGAAGCUCACAGAAAUGGAUUAAGGGUCGGUGAUCAGAUCAUAAGGGUGAACGGGUAUCCGGUUGAGGACGCAGUCCAUCAGGAAGUGGCACUUCUGGCAAAAAACCAGCAAGUGCUCGUUCUCAAGAUUCGAAGCGUGGGAAUGAUACCUGUGAAAGACAACCCGAACGAUCCGGUCACCUGGCACAUGGUGCAGCAGCAACAGCAGCAGCUACAGUACAACGAAACUGGUUUGGGUGCCGUUCCGAGCACCGAAGUCAGGAUUCGAAUUCUCGUCGGCGAGAAGGGUCGCCUCGGGUGUGGUGUUUGCAGAGGCAUCGUGCCAGGCCUCACAGUUCAGGGCACCAGAGACGAUGGACCAGCCAGAGCAGCGGGCUUGAAAGCCGGCGACAUUAUAAUUUGGUGCAACGGCCAGCGUCUCACUGAUCUUCCGUUCGAAAGAGCCAUCGAGGUAAUGAGAAGCUCCGCCGUUCUCGACCUCAUAGUGCAACGACCUACGCCGAAUCACCUUUACGACUGCCCUGAACCAUUAUGGACCCGUGGCUCGAGCGGUUACGAUUCUGAAACGUCGAGUAUGGCUGCAGCCAGCCCACAGCCGCAGAAUCCUUCUUACUCGCCGCAGCAUCAUCACGACCCUAGAAUGCAUCAUCGAUACCCUCGCGAUGACGUUUGCAACCGAAAUGGAAGGAUUUGUUGCCCGCUUGCCCUGUCCACCAGCAGCUGCAGCUCCGCGGAAUGGGCUCACGUGGAUCAGGCUCAGGAAUGGUCUCGAAGACCAAAUAACACCACGGUGAUCCGUAUCAAUCAGAGCCAGAACCAAAACCACAGGUUCGUAGGUGCACCAGGUCGUCCGAACUCGCGUGGUAAUUACGAAGAUGAUAUCGAUAACGAGCCUCUGUACGAUCCUGUGGCACCAAGAAUCGAUUACGAAGUCCACGAUUUCGACGCUAAUCCGAGAGACGAAGCGAAUCGUCGUUUGGCUUAUCGAAGGGACAAUAUACGGCAACAGGACGUCAUUUACGAUGGUCCAGCCGAUGAUAUGCCUCCCUAUCAUGGAUCCAAAGAAAAUGGCACACAGGACGGAGAUAGGAAAACGAUAACGACCGUGGAGAUCCACCAAACUGUAUGCCCACCAGCACCGCCGCCACCUCUUCCUUAUAAAUGGUCCGGAGACACGAAGCCAAUGAACGCGAAGGGUAUGCAAAUGGGUAGCACAAUGUCUAUGGGCAGUACAGGCUCGACGGAAACGGAGUCGANNNUCGAGUCUUCCUGCAGCAAGGACUCCGCUUCGACUUCUUCGUCCUUAUCGACGUCCUCUUGCGAGCCACCGUCGACAGUUUCGUUCGGCUCGAUCACUGCCACCUCGACCGGGACCAAUAAAACCAAUGACACCGCGGCCACCGCGGCCACCGCAACGCCCCGCAAUUGCGCCACAAGGACAUCGCCGAUAGCCUGCACCGAUCUAAGCACUGCCAUCACUCAGGAAUUGCAGAGGCGGGCGCAGCAGAGGAACAUGAACAACGCCGCGAAAAUGGAAGCAGGAAAGGAGAAAACUGCGGAGCCGCGGAAGCCACAAAACCCGGAAGCUCUGAGGGCGCAAGAACAGAAAGUUACGCACGAUAAGCUAAUGGAGGAGUUCAAGCGUGCCCAUCGAAAGAUGUUCAACAGCGCUCAGCAAAAAGUUCAUUUCUCCGAUCAGGCGCCGGAGCAGGAGCAAGAAAAAAGGGUAUUGAACACGUCGACAGUGCCGACAAACAAUAUACCGCCGGCGCCUCCAGCACCACCAGCACCUCCAGCACCUCCGGCGCCUGUAGCGCCUGUAGCGCCUCCAGCACCACCGGCUCCACCCCCGCUUCCUCUUCUUUCGAAGACCAAAAGCGCCGAGGAUUCCGUGGAGAUGCAAAGCAUAGAGUCAUUUAAGUUGAAAGAGGCUCCAAACCCAGUGAUUCCAAAGCCACCGCCAACUUACUUCCCCAUACAAAAUAAUUCUACGGUCACGUCGAACGGAAGUCCUCGACACGGUACCGGAAACAAGCCACAGGUGAAUGGAAAGGAAACGUCGCCGAGUCCCGUGCCGGAAAUGACAAAAGCAGCCGUAUCUCCGGCAGCUGCAAACGCACCGAACUUGAAACCAGCCCCUGGAAAAGUCGCCAUUAGGAUAGGCGCCUACGAAGGGGAAGCUAAACAACCGUCUAAGCUCGACUUCCUGUCGCAGCAGUCUCGAUCAGAUAGAAACGGCACGGAUGAAUUGGCGAAUGGGCCAGUGGUGUCGAGAUUGCAGAACGAAUUGGCUGCAACGUUACAAAGAUCGAACUUAAGAAGAAAGACUGACGGGGAGGCACAGCCAAGUAUUAAGCCAAUCCCUGAAAACACAGCGGUGUCCAACAACGAGACAACGAACUCGGAACCGGGAAAGUUGCCACAGAGCAACGUCGAGAAGCUCGCGUCCGCUCUCAACAACAAAGUCACCAUCAAAGUGAACCCCGAACAUAAUAAUCGAUAAAGAGUUAGCUUCCGUUCAUAAAAGAAAAAAAGCAAAAAAAGAAAAAAAAAAGAAAAAAGUCGAAACGAACCGUUUUAGGAGUCCACCAUGUACCUCUGCCACUUUGUACAUUUUUGCACGCUCUUUGAACUUACAUCGACUUUUUAUUCUAGAUGAAAGAGCGCUCCCCCUAUUGGUGAGCUUCUUUUUUACGUCUUUUACCUGUAUGUCUUUUUUUAUAUGUUAUUUAUUAUCGUAUUAUAGCGUCUAAGGAAUAAGAAACGGCUAAAGUACCCUUAAUUAACCGAAAUGACAGGCGCCGCGACACCUUUUACCACGUAGGCCCGAGUCUUUAAACAGAGUUCCCUCCGUCGCCGACUAAUGUACAGGUCGUGAGACUCGAUGGAGUCGUCGAACUGAAAAAUAAAGACGAUAAUACCUAA